AUAAUUUUCUUUUCCCUCUCAAAGUUCUCUCUCUCUUCCGUUCACUCUUUGUCUCCCUCUUCUCUCUCUCUCCCCUCCUAUUCAUAAAUCACUUUCAAACGGCAAUUUUAAAAGCCAGAUUCCGGCCACUGCAUAUCUUGGUUUUUUUUUUUUUUUACUUUUUUACCCUUCUCUUUCUCUCUCUCUCUCUCUCUCUUUUUACCCUCUCCUCUUCUUAAAUAUUUUACCACAGAUUUUUACUUUCCUACUUUUUACUGUUUAACCUUUUUACCCUACAAUAUUUUUACCGCUCUUUGGUUUACCAAACAACCCCGUUUCUUGAAAGAAAGGGAGUCAAAACAGAGGUUCCCCUUUGGGGAUCUGUCUUUUUUUUUUUUUUCUUUAUAUUCGCGUUUUAUACACAGUAUAUAUUUGGCAGUGACGUGGCAUGCACCAAAUAGGGCGCAACAAUGAACACCAAAACGAUGCGUCUCCCGCCCCGUCGGGUUUCCAUGCCCAACAACAAGCGAAAAGAGAGAGACGAUUUUGACCUCAAACACUUAAACCCUCCAACCACAAAAUUACUUAAGCCAGCUGCCCCAUUAGCCGGCUCCGACAAAGCCGCCCACCCGGUUCACUCCAACCAGCUCCUGGCUGGUUACUUGGCCCACGAGUUCCUCACUCGUGGGACGCUGUUCGGCCAACCGCAACUAACGGCCGCUGAAUCCAGGAAGGGAAUCAGAGAAGAAGCCGAGCCAAGCGAGAGAUCUAGAGCAGGCGACGCCGAGCCGAAGCCGAAGGAGGAGAAGCAUCAAAGGUACGUGGAGGUGGCGAGUCUGCUGAAGACAGAUGGGGCCAACAUACCGGGCAUCGUCAACCCGAGCCAGCUAGCUCGCUUCCUACAGAUGUGAGGUUGUUUUCUCACACGUGGAGACACCUCAUUGGCCAGUGUUUUUCUUUAACUAGAAAAACAACAACGAGAAGAAAAGGAAAACGAAACAGAAAAAGGAUGCUUUGUUUUUUUUUUAGAGAGCAUAUUUUAUUUUUCUUCUCCGGCUUUCCAGUGGAGAAGUUCUCUGUGGAGUACGUAGCCUUAGCUCAAUAGCUAUUAUUUUUUCUUUUUGUUUGUUGUUUGUUGAAUGUAUGCAUGGGAGAUGCAUGCAUGCAUGCAUGUACAUUUGAUUAGCGUAUGAUCUGAAUAAUAUUAUAAGUAUAAGAGUUCCAAAUUUAUUGUUUUUCUUUC